AUGACGGCGUACAAUCCUCAUCCUCCUCAAGCUGAAUCAGGCCCAUAUGACCUGUUCAUCUCUGUGCGGUUCAACGAAGCGCUGGGCGCAGCCAAAGCGCUCAAAGCGGCGCUAACCAAACAGGGCUUCAGUGUGUUCUUGUGUGCUGUUGCUCCCGGUGGAGACAUUGCGACAGCAAUCAUUGAUGCCUUGCACUCGUGCAAAAUGGUCAUCAUCUUGGGGUCGCCAACGUACGGGGAGAAGACUGAGAACAAGUUCAUCAGCACCUUUGAAGAGCUACGCUACAUCAUUCACCAGGACAAGCCGUUCUUCUUGGUCAAGAUGUGCGCCAAAUUCUUGGCACCCGCUGCCCAAUUUUACCUCACCAACACCAUCGCUUAUCAUGCCUGGAGGGUCAAUGGAAAUGAUGACGAACACGACGUCCCAGAAUCACUCGUGACGGCCAUCCUUGACAAAUAUGCGAAUCUCCCACACGGCGAAAACGAAAAAGGACUGCCAUACAGGGAUGGGUUCCUUGGGCUUGGGGCCAAUGGCAUUUUUCGCAACCCCAUGACAUCUGACGAGGCAGACAAAGCUUUGCUUGAUCGUCAAGACGCUGCUGUUGGCGACUUCUUGCUGUGGCGUCGCAAGCCGCACGGUCAACUCACCAUCAGCGUGGUGACUGGAGCCAAAGAGACAACUCAUCACGCGGUCACAAACGAUGACGCUGGACAGUUCCUGCUCGAUGGCACCCCUUUGUCCGCGCCAUGCCAAACCUUGGCAGAUGUGGUGGCACACCUCACCUCCGCUCAGGAGAUCAUUCCAUGCUCGCUACAGCACCAGGUCAGACCCCCAAAGGAAGAUGAGGUGAUCUACGACUAUGCGUCGGCCAUGGGUCUUCAGGGCACGAAUGGUGGCUCAAGUGGUGGGUGGCCACAACUCCCAGUUUCCCCAGAAGACUUGGUGGAAGUGGUCGGCGAUGUGCGUGUCAAGCACCCAUGGAGCUGGCGCAGGCUCGUGGCGCUUAUCGUCGUUGUGCUUCUUGUUUUGACGGCUGUGGUUGCCGUGCCCGUCGCCGUCAUCGGCGUCGGAACUGCAAGCAGCGGCAGAGGAAACAAAACAACAACAAUCGCCAUGGCCAUCACCACCACACCCACCACAACAACGGCGACCACCACCAGCAGCCCAGCCACGACGCCAACUUCCACUACAACAUCAACGACCGUCCCAUGUACAUCACCGUCGUCGGUGGAUCUCGACUGUGCGAGUUCGAAUUCUCGAGCAGCUGUCAGCCUGGUGAAUGCAUGCGGCGUAAGCGAGGUAUUCAAUUGCUGCUGUGAGGAGUUCUACGCACUGUCCUUGGUGACGGGUUCGAUCACAGUGACCGAUUUCGCCGCAGCGUUGAAUUUCGGUGGUGUGACGAGCAUCUCUGGCAGCGUUUUCGCCUCCUCACUUCAGCUGACCUCCGUCGACUUUGGACAUCUGAGGUUCGUCGGAGGCACCGUCGACAUCGGUGGCAACAACCUGACGACUUUGAACUUGAACCAACUCAGCCAGAUUGGAGGCGAUUUUAACAUGCAGUCAAACCACCUGACGGCACUACACCUGGGCGCGCUGCAGAGUGUCGGCGGUGAUUUGACCGUGACAGACAACGUUCUCACCGCUGUCAAUUUCAUGAAUGUUGUCACAGUGGGGGGAACAGUGGAUCUCAACGACAACUUCCUUGUUGAGGUCGACCUGGGCGCCUUACAGCAAGUUGGUGGCGAUUUCCUCGCCUCUGGCAUGUUCCUCACUUCCGUGAAUCUGCUGGGGCUCGAACGGGUGGGAGGAACCCUAUCCUUCAGCUCCAAUGACAUCACAACCCUCGAUAUGGGUGCCCUGACAAGUGUUGAGAGAUUGUCUGUUGGCCUCAAUCCUCUGACUACACUUGAUCUGAAGAACAUAUCGAGCCUGUAUGAGCUUGCUGGUACUGGCAAUCAAGUUACCUCUGUUGACUUUGGGAAAGUGACAUCGAUCGAAGGUUCGCUGCACCUGCGGUACAGCAACAAGCUGAAGAGCCUCGACUUCACACCCCUUCAACAAACGGGCGAAAUCCAAGUCGACCACAGCCCCCUCAGCGAGGUUGUGGACUUCGGUACCUUGACCAGGGUGAACGGCGGGUUGUUCAUUCACGCUUCCCAGCUUUUUCACGUGAACAUGACUCGUAUUGAGCACAUCGAUGGUUUCCUGAAUUUGGCAAACAGCCUCGCCAGCAUCGACUUCCAGCAGCUUACCUUCAUCGGAGGCGAUAUUCAGGCGUAUUUCCCAAAGCUUGCAACGUUGAACUUUCAGAAUGUCCGUGAAAUCAGUGGAGUGGUGCGUUUCAGUGUCGGCGACAUCGAAUCCGUACAUUUUGGUGAUGUGACGCGAAUCGGAGAGGGCCUCUUCUUGUCCGAUAACAACAUCAGGUCUAUCGCCUGGGACAACCUGACUGUGAUCGACGGGCCGCUUCAUGUCCAGGGCAAUUCCCUGACGAAUUUGGACUGCCAAGGCCUUGGCACCUGCUUGUGCGUUGACGCGAGUGUCAACAUCACAAAUUGCCCUGAGCUGUGUGGUGAUUGCUGA